AUGGCGGUUCGAAAUGCUGCAGAACUGCCCAACUCCGGUUCCACUGCAACAACUCCCGACGGCUCUUUUAUUCGCAAUGAGCAUGUCCAAGCUCUUCCUGCGAAACUAGAACUGCGCCCCGCCGACAGUGUUGUUGAGGAGCUCUGGCUGUGGCCAUCAGUCAAUAUGCCGCCAGCUCCAACCCGUAGGAUGGUGCCGAAGGACCGUUUCGGCCAUUUUUUCGGUAGCUUAAAAGUGCAGCCUUAUUAUGAUCCAGCGGCGCGGGGUCCGGGUUCUCAUACUAUCCGAACACUUGCGUGGAACCCAACAGGCAGCUUGAUCGCAACUGGCUCUGUGGAUCGCACCCUACGCAUUUGGAACCCCGAGCGCACACAUGUCAAAUACUCGACGGAGCUUCGUGGGCAUUCUGCCGGUAUAGAGAAAGUGGCUUUCAACCCCGUUAAGGAAUCGGAGUUGGCAAGUUGUUCGAGCGAUAGCACAGUUCGUUUCUGGGAUGUGCGAACCAAGACUUGUAUUAGUCGCGUUGAUGUUGGAGGAGAGGCCUUUACGAUGACAUGGGCCGCUGAUGGAAGCGUGGUUCUAGUGGGUAGAAAAGAUGACACUUUGAUACCCAUCUCAGUCGAAUCACCAUCUACUCCCACUCUCCAAAUAGCCACUGGCACCUCCGCCCCAACAAGCACUUUCAAAGCUCUAACCUCGCACCAGCAAUCUGUCCAAACCAACGCGGCAACCUUUUCACACUCCUUCAAUACGUCUGAUCUGGACCUCUUCCUCACAACCGGCGAUGGCACCGUAAAUGUCGUCUCCUACCCCUCUUUCGCACCUCUCUAUACAAUCCACGCGCAUACAUCUGCCUGCCUUUCAAUCGCCCUUAGCCCUACGUCUCGAUACCUAGCAGUUGGCGGCAGUGACGCUCUUAUCUCGCUCUGGGAUACUACAGACUGGUUUUGUAAACGAACCGUCUCAAGUGCCAACGGCGGUGCCGUGCGGGGUGUUAGCUGGAGCUGGGACGGUAGAUUUAUCGUCGGCGCAUGCGACGAGCCCGGUUGUGGCGGUUCCGGUCUUGAAAUUUUUCACGCUGAAACAGGAGAAAGCGUAUAUACUAUUCCCACGGGUGGCGGGUUGGGUGCUAACUCCGGCGUGAAUGGGAUAACUGGAAGCACAAGCGGCUCUGGAGCCGCGGUAGGAGUUCCGGCGGUCGCAUGGCAUCCGUCUCGGUAUUGGCUUGCUUAUUCUGUCACCGCUGAUGGCAUGGGGAGCAAUAGUGGCGGUGGUUUGAGGAUUGUGGGGGCGGGGAGCAGUGCUCCAUUGUGA